AUGAUAAAUGGCAAGCUGAAAAUGGCAGAUUUUGGGGAAGCAGUAUUUAAUCGAAUACCUGAAAAGUCUGAAGUUAAAAUGGUAUCUGGUUCACGGGCGUCAAGGAGCAGUGCUAGUGUGCCCGAAAGUGAUUUAGCUGUAUUGGAAAAAGAGAUUAAGUGCCUGGUAAGAGACAAAAAUUUGAUCGAUAAAAUCGCAAACGAGAGAGGUUAUAUUGUGGAAAUUCAGAAAAAACUCAUAAGUGACCUUGAAGAUAAAUUCCGAAGUCGGCCAGUGGGCAACAGCAGCAAAAACAAAGAUUGUGUUUCGUACAGUGCUAUCGUGAAAAAAAUGGACCAUUCAUAUUUGUUGAUUAAGCCUGCAGAUCGUUCUACUUCGUACAAAACUGUUGAAAAUGAUUUUAAAUCUCGUUAUUCGCCUGGUGCUCUUAAUGUCAAUAUCAACAAGACUAAACUCACCAAAAAUGGUCUGAUGGUCAGCUGUAAUAGUAAAAAAGAUGUGGAGACUAAAAGAUUCUCUAAAAUCUGA